GCUAAGACGCGCAUUGGAGAUUUGACCGCGCGUGCAGGCUAACGAAGGGCGGCUAGCUUGACUGUCGCUUUCCGCCCCUCUCUUCUUCAAAGGAAGCCCGCUUGACCGCAGCAGCACAGGCGAGCACACAGAAAGACACCACGCUUUAAGUUUGAAAUUAUCUCGCCCUGCGUGAGAGUUGGACUUCAGCGAAACGGGAGAGGAAAUUUCGGUCUUCAUCGCUGUCCGGAACCACAAACGUUCAGUCCAGAAAACAUGGAGCCAUCAGAGGAGCCAGGACCAGAGCUGGGUCCUGCAGACGUGAACCCGGUGUUUCUGCAGCAGCUCAGGGAGCUGGACAUCCCUGAAGAAGCAGCCAAGCAGGCACUCCUGCAGACGGGGAACGUCUCUGCUGAGGAGGCCGCCAUGUACUACUUCAACAAGCUGGAGAAUGAGGAGGAAGUUGGGGAUGACGUGCAGUUCAAGAUGGUGUUUGUUGUCAACAUGGACCUGGGUAUGGGAAUUGGAAAGGUGGCCGCUCAGGUGGGUCAUGCUGCCGUGGGUUUGUAUCAAACUCUGCAGGAGAAGAACAGCUGGAGGGAGAUGGCUUGGAAGUGGGACCACAGUGGAGCAAAGAAGGUGGUGCUCCAAGGCACAAAUGCAGCUCACCUGCUGGAGCUGCAGGCCCUGGCCAGCAGCCUCGGCCUGCCCACGCACCUAGUCCAAGAUGCAGGUCACACCCAGGUGGCAUCUGGCUCCCGCACCGUCUUGGGCAUCAUGGGAGAAGAACAGAUGGUGAACAAUGUCACUGGUAGUCUGCAGCUGCUCUGAGGGCCCAACAGGGUCCUCACAGACUCUGCACACAGCAGUCAGCAGAGGGCACCGUCUGCCACAAGCAAGAAGACUGUUACCUUGAGUGUUAGGAACAGUCCAGAAUGAUGGUGAUAAAACACCCACCCCUGAUGAGACCACAAGCUCUCAGCUUGGUUUCUUUUUCAGUCAUGACUCACCUCGCUUCUCCCUCCUCCUGACAUCUAAAGAUCUGUUUGACCAAAAUGACAUUUAACCAUCUCUGUUCCUUAAAUAUUAAGUCUGGGUUUAGUCAGGGGAGCUGUAAACAAGAAAAUACUAUUCUGAUCCCUCUGAAGACAUGCAACACCUCAAUGCUUACAUUUCAUUUGAAAGCUUAAUGCUUGUGUUAGAAAGGUGAUCAUGUUGCAGCAAAUGAAUCCUGUGAUAUGUGUGUCAUGGUGACCAGCUGAUCAAAAGAACAUCUCUUUAGAAAGAGCUUGUAAAGGUCUCUACCCUGCUGUGAGUACUGGAGGAGGAGGGAGGUCAUUCUUUACAGAUGAUACCAUGAUACAUUCAUUUUGUAUGUUUCCUGUGGAUUCUCCUGGGUGUACAUUCUAAAAUAUUAACUGUGUCAGAUGCUUCAUUUCUUGUCAUUCCAUCGUUUUUCUUCAUAUGAACACACAGCUGUUUUGGAACUCAUCUGGAAAUACUCUUAUUUCUAAAGCGGCAUCUGAAAAAGUUCCAAGCAUUGUACUAUUUUUUAUUUUUGCUUUGUUAUUGCAGAGGAGGGUAAAUGCAUUCACUGAAUGGUUAUUUGGAAAAUCCAGAAAAUUAUGUUUAGCCUGUACAAAUUAAAGCAUACAUAAGGGGGUUUUCCUCAGUUAUACUUUUCUUUUCUUAAAACACUUGUGCUUGUUGAUCAUUUAUAAACUGUUAGUGUUUGAACAUAUUCAUUCAGAAAAUCACUUGAGCUGUUUAAAAUGCUGAAAAGUCUGAAGCCUAACUGUGCAUGUAGUACUAAAUAUAAUCUGUGUGAGACAACUCCUACCCUGGCCUGUGUGUUCUAGUAUUCCACUCAAGUGAAAAAUAAAGGAAGCAGCAGUGUGGGUAA